AUGUUUGAUCUUUUCGGCAGAGGCUUCUCCUCCACCCCUGAUCCAGCCACUCAAUCCCAAGACAUUCAACUCUUCACCACUCAAAUCCUCCUCGUCCUCUCUUCAUCUCCACUCAACUGGACAGGGAACAAGACUCGAUUCGCCUUAAUAGGCUACUCCCUCGGCGGCGGCAUAGCAGCAUCAUUCACUUCCUUUUUCCCAAACCUCGUCGAGAGUCUCGUGCUCAUCGCACCAGCAGGCCUCAUGCGCUCUACCCGCAUCCACUGGACCAGUAAAUUUCUCUACGGCGGCUAUCUCCCUCGCAGACUUGUCGAGUAUCUGGUUUGGAGACGUCUGGGUGGAAGUUCCACUACUCCUGUCAGCAACGACGAAGAUGGGAAAAUCUCACCCACACAAGCAGCAGAAGAAGAGCAAUCCUCCCAUCCAGCACUCGCCCCCGACUCCCCAGCAUCUGUCCUAGCCCGCAGACCUUCCGCCACAAUCUCCGCCAUCGUAUCCUGGCAACUCGCCAAUCAUGCAGGUUUCGUACCCGCUUUUGUAUCUAGUAUCCAACAUGCCCCCAUCUCAAACCAACAGGACGCUUGGAAAGCAAUCGCAGACAUGCAACAUCUCCCUCCAUCUCAACGUCUGCUCGAAGCUAAAGUCCUGUUGCUCCUAGGCAAACACGAUAAUGUAGUCAUUGCAGAAGAAAUGCAUCAAGAUGCAAAGAAAGCCAUGGGACAUGUCGUGGAUAUACGCAUCUUGCAUGGCGGACAUGAACUCCCAGUCACACAUGCAGCUAUCGUCGCCACCACAAUUUUCGCAUUUCUGGACCCCAGCAGUCCCCCCCACGAGCGAUGA